UUCUCGGACAGAUAUACGAAAACGUUUGUCGAAAAAGCAAAAGAUGUUUCAAACACUCGGGCCGGAUUGUAUACACAAAGUUUCUAAGAGAGUUCGCAUACUUUCGUGACUUGCUGUAUUUGGUCAGCCGUGACAAUAUUCUACCCUCUUUCGACAUUGAUUUACAUGGACCGCGACCCUGACAAGAAUAAGCUUUAUUAGCAGAAACGCCACGGGGUUGUUCUCCUCCCGCACCCUGUUCCACGUCGACAACCCUCUUGCACAGGCGCGUGUACAUCGCAUGACGUAGUCAGGAAAAGUAUUGCCAAGGGUAGCAUCGUGCACGAAAUGCGGGUUAGUAGGGCACGAGCGUCGACGUCGUGCCAGUACCACCCGUUCGGUUUCUCGCAUUCCUUUUCAUUCGUCGGUCUUUUAUACAAGGUGGCUCCAAUGAAUUAGAUCUAUAAAACGAUUGAAAAAAGUGGAAUCUUAAUAUUUUGGUGCAAAUACUCAUGGGAUGCGAAGUUGGUGGAGGAGAUGGCUAUGAUCAAAUGCUGCCUCGAGACAGAGGUGCCUGACGUUUUCGAGAUUCUCGCACGAAAGUGCACUGACCCAGGCUGUUGUUGCUGGUGCUGUUCAGCUUUACGCCCACGAUAUAAAAGACUUGUUGACAAUAUCUUUCCAGUAAAUCCUCAGGAUGGCUUAGUAAAAAAUAACAUGGAGAAACUGACCUUUUAUUCAUUAAGUAGCCCUGAAAAACUAGACAGGAUUGGAGAAUAUUUGUUUCAAAGGGCUUCCAGGGACAUUUACAGGAGAAGAAAUGGAUUUGUUGUCAUUGCUAUGGAAGCAAUGGAUCAGCUUUUAGUAGCAUGCCAUGCUCAGACUUUAAAUUUAUUUGUUGAAAGCUUCUUAAAGAUGAUACAGAAAUUGUUAGAAUCUACUGAUCCACAAUUACAAAUACUGGCAACCCAAUCUUUUGUCCGGUUUGCAAACAUCGAGCAGGAUACGCCGUCUUAUCACACACGUUACGAUUUCUUUGUAUCAAAAUACUCUGCAAUGUGCCACUCCAACCACAAUGACCAUGCAAUCCGCAAACAGAUACGGCUUGCUGGAAUUCAGGGAUUGCAGGGUGUUGUAAGGAAAACACUUUCUGAUGAUCUAGUAGAAAAUAUUUGGGAACCUGUACACAUGGAUAAAAUUGUUCCUUCGUUGUUAUACAAUAUGCAAAACUCAAGAUAUUCUAAUAAAGAAGAUGCAACACCAGAUAGCCCAACUGAGGAACGAUCAGACCCACCACAAUUUGCAGAAACUUGUAUGCGAGAACUUGUUGGCCGAGCAUCAUUUGGUCAUAUAAGAUGUGUUAUUCGACCCGUUCUAAGACAUUUAGAUAACCAUCAGUUAUGGGUUCCUAAUUACUUUGCUAUUCAUACAUUUAGGAUAAUUAUGUUCUCCAUUCAGUCACAAUACUCUUAUACAGUUGUGGAAGCAUUAAUGAUUCAUCUUGAUGAUCAUUCAAAAUCAUCCCCCAAGAUCAGAACAAGUAUUGCAGAUACUUUGUCCAAAAUUAUUUCCAUUGCAGCUGGUGAAAGUGUUGGUCCCUCUGUGUUGGAGAUAAUAAAUUCUCUGCUAUCUCAUCUUAGAGUUAGUGUAACAAGAAAUCAAUCUUCAAGUAAUGAUGAACAAUUAUAUCAAGAGGCUCUUAUUAAUGCUCUUGGAGAGUUUGCAAAUCAUCUUCCAGAUUAUCAGAAAAUAGAAAUUAUGAUGUUCAUAAUGAGCAAAGUUCCAUAUAGUCAACCAGAUCGUAUAGUUUCAGUCGGUAAAGGAGAUGUACUACUCCAAAGUAUUCUUUUAAAAUCUCUUCUAAAAGUUGGCACAAAAUACCAAACUAUACAUUUGAAUACAACUUUUCCACCAAGCUUUUUGGAACCAUUGUUAAGAAUGUCACUUGCAGCAGAUGCUGAAAUGCGGCUUUUAGUACAAAAAAUCUUUCAUACUUUAAUCGAUAGGCAUCAAAAUAUUACGAAACUUGCGAAACCUACAGUAAAUGUUGCACAACUUGAUCUUACAAUCGAAAAAGGAUCCAGACCAGAUGUGAUAUUUAUUCGUAAACAUGGCCCUGAAAUUUAUUUAGCAUUAUAUGAAUCGUUGGAAUUGGCAAGUAACAUGGUGGAAAACGUAGAAUCUAUAUAUACAACAUUGGCAUUACUUGCCGUGGAAUUGGCCUCAGAAGAAACUGUGUUGGAGUUACUAAGAUUAGUGCUGAGUCUUCAGGAUUUAGCUUUAACAAGUGGCCAAAUCAGUAUUUCACUCAAAUUUAAUUUGCACUCUAUUGUCAUCAGUUUGCUUGUACUAAUAUCUUACGUUUGUAAUAUUACUUCACUCAUGGAUUACGCAAAUAAAAUUGUAGAAAUACGACGAAAGGAAGCACCUCAUCUUUUGCCUGAUUUGCAAUCUCAGUAUGAUAGUAGUUUAUCUUCUAGAUUAGCACCCGCUCUAUUAGUUGAUCAAACUGUUUUAAGCGAAUGUUUAAAAGGAGCUGGUCUUGACAGUGGAAAAUUGCAACAGGGAUCUGGUUACAGUAGUAUCUCACUACAACAUCGGCACUCGUGGGUCGAUAGUGCUGGACGAAAUUCGUUAGCCGAUAUUAAUUCUGGUGCUACUGAAUUAGAUAGUGGAGGCUCAUCUCCUGGUGUUCAAAAAAAAUUACCAGGAGAAGAGUUAACUUUUGAGAGUAUGAAACGAAUUCUAACAGAAAAUAAUAAUAAUCAUGUCAUAGAGGAAGAAAAACGAAUGCAAUUAUCGCACUUCUUUAGAAACGCACCAUUCCAAGAUUUGGUAUCAAAGACGCAACCAAAGCAUGAUGUUUUACAAAGUAAACUGUCAGAAAUAUUUAAUACAUUAUCCGUUGAUCCACGAAAUGCAGCUCAACCAGGUGGACCACCAACAGAUACCAAACCAAGUCAAGCUCCAGCUUAUGAAAUACAUUUCCCAGAAUUAUUCGUUUAUUAAAAUGACAAGUUUUUUCUUGCUAUGACAUUUUUAUUAAGUUGAACAUUACAAUUGCCAUAUGUCAAUUAUAAUCAACUUAAUUUAUUUGUACAUUUUACGUUAAAAAAAUGUAGAACAAUUUGUACAUAUAACGCAUUUUGAUACCGUUUAAUGUGUGCAAUUAUAUUUGCUUAAUAUUAAUUACAUUUAUGUAUAUAUAUUUCUUCUUAAUAUUUAUAAAUAAUUAAUACUUAUUAUUGUUAUUUAUUUAUAAUUAUAAUAAGUAUUAUUUCAAAUUUGUUAAAUUUAUUGCUCGUUAUGUUUGAAAAAAUAUUUGAAAUAAUUUGAAAUUAUUGUUUCAUAAUUGUUUAUAUUACGUAAAUUAAUGUUGCGCGAUUGAUAACACAUUCCUUCUUGUACAACCCGUAAAAAAAAGUAGUGACACAUUUAUGUACUAAUACCCUAUUAUUGGUAAAUUAUGUAAUAUAAAGUCAGUGCUGUUUUAUUGA